AACAUAUCGCAAACCUGCAUAACCAUAGGUACAUUCAUGUAACCUGUGUUCUGUGUGUGUUCUGUCUGUGUCUUCUGUGUUCUGUCUUGUGUUUUGUGUGUGUUCUGUCUGUGUUUGUCUGUGUUCUGUCUGUGUUCGGGUUUCUGUCUGUGUUCUGUCUGUGUUCUGUCUGUGUCUGUGUGUGUUCUGGUGUGUUCUGUCUGUGUUCUGUCUGUGUUCUGUCUGUGUUCUGUCUGUGUUCUGUGUGUUUUCUGUCUGUGUUCUUGUCUGUGUUCCUGUCUGUGUUCUGUCGUGUUCUGUGUGGUUCUGUCUGUGUUCUGUGUGUGUUCUGUGUGUGUUUGUCUGUUUCUGUGUGUUCUGUCUGUGUUCUGUCUGUGUUCUGUGGUGUGUUCUGUGUGUGUUUUCUGUUGUGUGUUCUGUGUGUGUUCUGUCUGUGUUCUGUCUGUGUUCUGUCUGUGUUCUGUGUGUGUUCUGUGUGUGUUCUGUGUGUGUUCUGUCUGUGUUCUGUGUGUGUUCUGUCUGUGUUCUGUCUGUGUUCUGUGUGUGUUCUGUGUGUGUUCUGUGUGUGUUCUGUCUGUGUUCUGUCUGUGUUCUGUCUGUGUUCUGUGUGUGUUCUGUCUGUGUUCUGUGUGUGUUCUGUGUGUGUUCUGUCUGUGUUCUGUCUGUGUUCUGUCUUGUGUUCUGUCUGUGUUCUGUCUGUGUUCUGUGUGUGUUCUGUGUGUGUUCUGUCUGUGUUCUGUCUGUGUUCUGUCGUGUGUUCUGUCUGUGUCUGUGUGUGUUCUGUCCUGUGUUCUGUUCUGUGUGUGUUCUGUGUGUGUUCUGUCUGUGUUCUGUCUGUGUUCUGUGUGUGUUCUGUCUGUGUUCUGUGUGUGUUCUGUCUGUGUUCUGUCUGUGUUCUGUCGUGUGUUCUGUGUGUGUUCUGUCUGUGUUCUGUGUGUGUUCUGUCUGUGUUCUGUCUGUGUUCUGUGUGUGUUCUGUGUGUGUUAUGUCGUGUUCUGUCUGUGUUCUGUCUGUGUUUCUGUCGUGUGUUCUGUGUGGUGUUCUGUGUGGUUCUGUCUGUGUUCUGUCUGUGUUCUGUGGUGUUCUGUGUGUGUUCUGUCUGUGUUCUGUCUGGUGUUCUGUUGUGUUCUGUCUGUGUUCUGUGUGUGUUCUGUCUGUGUUCUGUCUGUGUUCUGUGUGUGUUCUGUGUGUGUUCUGUCGUGUGUUCUGUCUGUGUUCUGUCUGUGUUCUGUGUGUGUUCUGUGUGUGUUCUGUGUGUGUUCUGUCUGUGUUCUGUCUGUGUUCUGUGUGUGUUCUGUGUGUGUUCUGUGUGUGUUCUGUCUGUGUUCUGUGUGUGUUUCUGUCUGUGUUUGUUCUGUGUGUUCUGUCUGUGUUGUUCUGUCUGUGUGUUCUGUCUGUGUUGUUCUGUCCGUGUGUUCUGUCUGUGUGUUCUGUCUGUGUGUUCUGUCUGUGUUCUGUGUGUGUUCUGUGUGGGUUUUCUGUCUGUGUUCUGUCUGUGUUCUGUCUGUGUUCUGUGGUGUUCUGUGUGUUUGGUGUGUUCUGUCUGUGUUCUGGUCUGUGUUCUGUGUGUGUUCUGUGUGUGUUCUGUGUGUGUUCUGUCUGUGUUCUGUGUGUGUUCUGUGUGUGUUCUGUGUGUGUUCUGUGUGUGUUCUGUCUGUGUUCUGUGUGUGUAGGGAGGCGUGUAAGAAGGACAGUCAGUGUGAUUACUACUUCAGUAUCGAUGCUGAUGUUGUCAUCGUCAACCCUGAUGUUCUCCGUAUCCUCAUAGAAGAGAACAAGUAAGAAUACUACACCCUACACACUACACCCUACACCCUACAGACUACACCCUACACCCUACAGACUACACCCUCCAGACUACACCCUACAGACUACACCCUACACCCUAUACCCUACAGACUACACCCUACACCCUACAGACUGCACCCUACAGACUGCACCCUACAGACUACACCCUACACCCUACAGACUACACCCUACACACUACACCCUACAGACUACACCCUCCAGACUACACCCUACACCCUACAGACUGCACCCUACAGACUACACCCUACAGACUGCACCCUACAGACUACACCCUACAGACUGCACCCUACAGACUACACCCUACAGACUGCACCCUACAGACUACACCCUACACACUACACCCUACAGACUACACCCUACAGACUACACACUACACCCUACACCCUAUACCCUACACCCUACAGACUACACCCUACAGACUACACCCUACAGACUACACCCUACAGACUACAGACUACAUACUACACACUACAGGCUACACCCUCCACCCUACACCCUACACACUACACACUACACACUACACCCUACACACUACACCCUACACACUACACCCUACACACUACACCCUACACCCUACAGACUACACCCUACACACUACAUAAUACACACUACAUAAUACACACUACACCCUACACACUACACACUACAUAAUACACACUACAGACUACACACUACAGACUACACCCUCCACCCUACAGACUACACACUACACCCUACACACUACAGACUACACACUACACACUACAUUAUACACCCUACAGACUAUACCCUACACACUACAUAAUACACACUACAGACUACACACUACAUAAUACACCCUACACCCUAUACCCUAUACCCUACACCCUACAGACUACACCCUACAGACUACACCCUACACACUACAUAAUACACACUACAGACUACACACUACAUAAUACACCCUACACCCUACACCCUACACCCUAUACCCUAUACCCUACACCCUACAGACUACACACUACACACUACAUUAUACACCCUACAGACUACACCCUACAGACUACACACUACACCCUAUACCCUAUACCCUACACCCUACAGACUACACCCUACAGACUACACCCUACAGACUGCACCCUACAGACUACACACUACAUAAUACACCCUACAGACUACACCCUACAGACUACACACUACACCCUACACCCUAUACCCUAUACCCUACAGACUACACCCUACAGACUACACCCUACAGACUACACCCUACAGACUACACCCUACAGACUACAGACUACACCCUACACACUACAGACUACACCCUACAGACUACACCCUACACACUACAGACUACACCCUACACACUACACCCUACAGACUACACCCUACAGACUACACCCUACAGACUACACCCUACAGACUACACACUACACACUACACACUACAGACUACACCCUACAGACUACACCCUACAGACUACACCCUACAGACUACAGACUACACCCUACACCCUACACACUACACACUACACACUACACCCUACAGACUACACCCUACAGACUACACCCUACACACUACAUAAUACACACUACAGACUACACCCUACAGACUGCACCCUACACACUACACCCUACACACUACACACUACACCCUACACACUACACCCUACACACUACACCCUACAGACUACACCCUACAGACUACACCCUACAGACUACACCCUACACACUACAGACUGCACCCUACAGAAUGCACCCUACAGACUACACCCUACAGACUACACACUACAGACUACACACUACAUACUACAUAAUACACACUACAUAAUACACCCUACAGACUACACACUACAUAAUACACACUACAGACUACACACUACAUAAUACACCCUACAGACUACACACUACAUAAUACACCCUACACACUACAUAAUACACACUACAGACUACACCCUACACCCUACAGACUGCACCCUACACACUACACCCUACACACUACACACUACAUCCUACAGACUACACCCUACAGACUACACCCUACAGACUGCACCCUACACACUACACCCUACACACUACACCCUACAGACUACAGACUACAGACUACACACUACAGACUACACCCUAAACCCAACACCCUACAUACUAACCCUGAUGUUAUCAUCGUGCGUUCAGAAAGUAUUAAUACCCUUUGACUUAUUCCACAUUCUGUUUUUACAGCCGGAAUUCAAAAUGGAUUCAAUAGGUUUUUCUCACUCAUUUACACACAAUACCCUAUAAUGACAAAGUGAAAACAUGUUUUUAGAAAUGUAUUGAAUAUUAAACACAGAAAUAUCUCAUUUCCAUAAGUAUUCACACCCCUGAGUCAGUACUUUGUACAAGCUCCUUUCGCAGCGAUUAAAUCUGGGAGUCACUAAGAGCGUUCCACACCUGGAUUCUAGAACAUUUGCCCAUUCUUUUAUUUCAAAAUUCUUUAAGCUCUGUCAAAUUGAUUGUUGAUCAUUGCAAGACAUCCAUUUUCAGGUCUUGCCAUAGAUUCUAAAGUAGAUUUAAGUCAAAACUGUGACUCGGCCACUCAGGAACAUUCACUGUCUUCUUGGUAAGCAACUUCAGUGUAGAUUUGGCCUUGUGUUUUGGUUAUUGUCCUGCUGAAAGGUGAAUUCAUCUCCCAGUGUCUGGUAGAAAGCAGACUGAACCAGGGUUUCCUCUAGUCUCCCAGUGUCUGGUGGACAGCAGACUGAACCAGGGUUUCCUCUAGUCUCCCAGUGUCUGGUGGACAGCAGACAAACAGGUUUUCCUCCAGGAUUCUGCUUGUGCUUAGCUCCAUUCCAUUUAUUUUAUAUCCUGAAAAACUCCCCAGUCCUUAACGAUUACAAUCAUACUCAUAACAUGAUGCAGCCACCACUAUGCUUGAAAAUAUGGAGAGUGGUUCUCAGUAUUCAGGACAAAAAGUUAAUUGCUUUGCUGCAUUUUUUGAAGUAUUACUUUAGUGCCUUAAUGCAAACAGGAUACAUGUUUGGGAAUAGUUGUAUUCUGUACAGGCUUCCUUCUUUUCACUCUGUCAUUUAGGUUAGUAUUGUGGAGUAACUACAAUGUUGUUGAUCCAUCCUUAGUUUUCUCCUAUCACAGCCAAUAAACUCAGUAACUGUUUUAAAGUCACCAUUGGCCUCAUGGUGAAAUCCCUGAGUGGUUUCCUUCCUCUCCGGCAACUGAGUUAGGAAGGACGCCUUUAUCUUUGUAGUGACUGGGUGUAUUGAUACACCAUCCAAAGUGUAAUUAAUAACUUCACCAUGCUCAAAGGGAUAUUCAAUGUCUGCUUUUUUCAUUUUUACCCAUCUACCAAUAGGUGCUCUUCUUUGCAAGGCAUUGGAAAACCUCCCUGGUCUUUGUGGUUGAAUCUGUGUUUGAAAUUCACUGCUCGACUGACGGACCUUACAGAUAAUGAAUUGUAUAUGUGGGGUACACAGAUGAGGGUUAGGGUUAGGUGAGGUGUCAGAUGAGGUAGUCAUUCAAAAUAAUCAUGUUAAACACUUAUUGCACACAGAGAGUCCAUUCAACAUAUGAACAAAUGAUUACUCAAAACGUAUUUAGGCCAUAACAAAGGGGUUAAAUACUUAGACAACAUAUUAACAAAUGAUUACUCAAAACGUAUUUAGGCCAUAACAAAGGGGUUAAAUACUUAGACGCAAAACAUCAGCUUUUCCUUUUGAAUUCAUUUGGAAACAUUUCAAAAAAACUAUUCCACUUUGACAUUAUGGGGUAUUGUGCGUAGGCCAGUUAAAAAAAACAAAAAAACAAAACAACUUACAUUUAUUUUCAAUUCAGGCUGUAACAUAACAAAAUAUGGAAAAGGUCAAGGGGUGUGAAUAUUUUCUGAAGGCACUGGUCACUUUAAUAAUGUUUACAUACUGUUUACCCACUUUAUAUGUAUCUACUGUAUUCUAGUCAAGGUUCAUCCUAGACAGCGCAUUCAGAAAGUAUUCAGACCCCUUGACUUUUUCCACAUUUUGUUACGUUACGUUACGUUGUAGCGACUGGGUGUAUUGACCAAAGUGUAAUUAAUAACUUCACCAUGCUCAAAGGGAUAUUCAAUGUCUGCUUUUUACAUUUUUACCCAUCUACCAAUGGGUGCUCUUCUUUGCGAGGCAUUGGAAAACCUCCCUGGUCUUUGUGGUUGAAUCUGUGUUUGAAAUUCACUGCUCGACUGAGAGACUGUGUGGGGUACAGAGAUGAGGAAGUCAUUCAAAAAUCAUGUUAAACACUAUUAUUACACACAAGUCCAUGCAACUUAUUAUGUGACUUGUUAAGCACAUUUUCACUCCUGAACUUAUUUAGGCUUGCCAUAACAUUUACAUUUUAGUCAUUUAGCAGAUGCUCUUAUCCAGAGCUGGGACUGGGCUGAGCAGGAGCUGACCUCCUGUAGGGGUGGGAGGGCCAAGAGGUGGCAGAACGGAGUGCUCUGGUUGGGGUGUAGGGUUUGAGCAUAGCCUGAAGGUAGGGAGGGGCAGUUCCUCUUGCUGCUCCGUAGGUAAGCACCAUGGUGUUGUAGUGGAUGUGAGCUUCAACUGGAAGCCAGUGGAGUGUGCAGAGGAGCGGGGUAACAUGAGAGAACUUGAAGGUUGAACACCAGGCGGGCUGCAGCGUUCUGGAUAAGUUGCAGGGGUUUGAUGGCACAAGCAGGGAGCCCAGCCAACAGCGAGUUGCAGUAAUCCAGAUGGGAGAUGACAAGUGCCUGGAUUAGGACCUGCACCACUUCCUGUGUGAGGUAGGGUCGUACUCUACGGAUGUUGUAGAGCAUGAACCUGCAGGAGCGGGUCACUGCUUUGAUGUUUACAGAGAACGACAGGGUGUUGUCCAAGGUCAUGCCAAUGUUCUUUGCACUAUGGGAGGAGGAAACAAUGGAGUUGUCAACCUUGAUGGAGAGGUCUUUGAAUGUUCUGAGAGAGAUAGAGAAAGUUGAUCAGAGACAGCAGCUCAAGUGUUUUAGAAAGAAAAAAAAGAAGGGAUACAGGUCUGUAGUUGUUGGUUUCUUGAGCAGGGGAGCGACAUGGGCCAUUUGGAAGUCAGAGGGGACGAAGCCAGUGGUCAGGGAUGAGUUGAUGAGGGAAGUGAGAAGGUCUGGAGAAGGGAGGAGGGGAUGGGGUCGAGGAGUUGAAUACUUACUGACUCAAGACAUUUCAGCUUUCAAUUUUUAUUAAGUUGUAAAACAUUCUCAAAACAUAAUUCCGCUUUGACAUUAUGGGGUAUUGUGUAUAGGCCAGUGACACAACAUCUACAUUUAAUCCAUUUUAAGUUCAGCCUGUAAAACAACAAAAUGUGGAAAACGUCAAGGGUUGUGAAUACUGUCUGAAGGCACUGUUUAUCUAACCCUUUACCUAAUUAUAUCUAACACCCUAAACCCUAAACCCUAUGCCCUAACCCUCUGUCUUUAUCUCCAGGCCAGUGAUAGUAUGGUCCAUCUAACCCUCUGUCUUUAUCUCCAGGCCAGUGAUAGUAUGGUCCAUCUAACCCUCUGUCUUUAUCUCCAGGCCAGUGAUGGUAUGGUCCAUCUAACCCUCUGUCUUUAUCUCCAGGCCAGUGAUAGUAUGGUCCAUCUAACCCUCUGUCUUUAUCUCCAGGCCAGUGAUAGUAUGGUCCAUCUAACCCUCUGUCUUUAUCUCCAGGCCAGUGAUGGUAUGGUCCAUCUAACCCUCUGUCUUUAUCUCCAGGCCAGUGAUAGUAUGGUCCAUCUAACCCUCUGUCUUUAUCUCCAGGCCAGUGAUAGUAUGGUCCAUCUAACCCUCUGUCUUUAUCUCCAGGCCAGUGAUAGUAUGGUCCAUCUAACCCUCUGUCUUUAUCUCCAGGCCAGUGAUAGUAUGGUCCAUCUAACCCUCUGUCUUUAUCUCCAGGCCAGUGAUAGUAUGGUCCAUCUAACCCUCUGUCUUUAUCUCCAGGCCAGUGAUGGUAUGGUCCAUCUAACCCUCUGUCUUUAUCUCCAGGCCAGUGAUGGUAUGGUCCAUCUAACCCUCUGUCUUUAUCUCCAGGCCAGUGAUGGUAUGGUCCAUCUAACCCUCUGUCUUUAUCUCCAGGCCAGUGAUGGUAUGGUUAACCCUCUGUCUUUAUCUCCAGGCCAGUGAUGGUAUGGUCCAUCUAACCCUCUGUCUUUAUCUCCAGGCCAGUGAUGGUAUGGUCCAUCUAACCCUCUGUCUUUAUCUCCAGGCCAGUGAUAGUAUGGUCCAUCUAACCCUCUGUCUUUAUCUCCAGGCCAGUGAUAGUAUGGUCCAUCUAACCCUCUGUCUUUAUCUCCAGGCCAGUGAUAGUAUGGUCCAUCUGACCCUCUGUCUUUAUCUCCAGGCCAGUGAUAGCCCCCAUGUUGUCCAGACAUGGGAAACUGUGGUCUAACUUCUGGGGAGCUCUGAGUCCUGAGGGGUUCUACUCUCGAUCUGAAGACUACAUUGACAUCGUGCAGGGCAAGAGAGUGUGAGUAUAUUCUAUAUGUUAACCCUAUACAUUCUAUAUGUUCUCUAUAUAACCCUAUACAUUCUAUAUGUUCUCUAUAUAACCCUAUAUAUUAUAGAUGUUCUCUAUAUAACCCUAUAUAUUAUAUAUGUUCUCUAUAUAACCCUAUAUAUUAUAUGUUAACCCAAUAUAACCCUAUAUAUUAUAGAUGUUCUCUAUAUAACCCUAUAUAUUAUAUAUGUUCUCUAUAUAACCCUAUAUAUACUAGAUGUUCUCUAUAUAACCCUAUAUAUUAUAUAUGUUCUCUAUACAACCCUAUAUAUUAUAUAUGUUCUCUAUAUAACCCUAUAUAUACUAGAUGUUCUUUAUAUAACCCUAUAUAUUAUAUAUGUUCUCGAUACAACCCUAUAUAUUAUAUAUGUUCUCUAUAUAAUCCUAUAUAUUAUAUAUGUUCUCUGUAUAACCCUAUAUAUACUAGAUGUUCUCUAUAUAACCCUAUAUAUUAUAUAUGUUCUCUAUAUAACCCUAUAUAUUAUAUAUGUUAACCCUAUACAACCCUAUAUAUUCUAUAUGUUCUCUAUAUAACCCUAUAUAUUCUAUAUGUUCUCUAUAUAACCCUAUAUAUUAUAGAUGUUAACCCAAUAUAACCAUAUAUAUUAUAGAUGUUCUCUAUAUAACCCUAUAUAUACUAGAUGUUCUCUAUAUAACCCUAUAUAUUAUAUAUGUUCUCUAUACAACCCUAUAUAUUCUAUAUGUUCUCUAUAUAACCCUAUAUAUUCUAUAUGUUCUCCAUAUAACCCUAUAUAUUAUAUAUGUUCUCUAUAUAACCCUAUAUAUUAUAUAUGUUCUCUAUAUAAUCCUAUAUAUUAUAUAUGUUCUCUAUAUAACCCUAUAUAUUAUAUAUGUUAACCCUAUAUAAUCCUAUAUAUUAUAUAUGUUCUCUAUAUAACUCUAUAUAUUAUAUAUGUUCUCUGUAUAACCUUAUAUAGAAAUUUAUGAUAAUUUAUGAUAAAAUGAUUGUGGGGGCUGUUUUGUUAGACUUCAGUGCGGCUUUUGACAUUAUCAAUCAUAGUCUGCUGAUGGAAAGACGUAUGUGUUAUGGCUUUACACCCCCUGCUAUAAUGUGGAUAAAGAGUUACCUGUCUAACAGAACACAGAGGGUGUUCAUUAAUGGAAGCCUCUCCAACAUAAUCCAGGUAGAAUCAGGAAUUCCCCAGGGCAGCUGUCUAGGCCCCUUACUUUUUUAAAUCUUUACUAACGACAUGCCACUGGCCUUGAGUAAAGCCAGUGUGUCUAUGUAUGUGGAUGACUCAACACUAUACACGUCAGAUACAACAAUGACUGAAAUGACACCAACACUUAAAGAGCUGCAGUUAGUUUCAGAGUGGGUGGCAAGGAAUAAGUUAGUCCUAAAUAUUUCAAAAACUAAAAGCAUUGUAUUUGGGACAAAUCAUUCACUAAACCCUAAACCUCAACUAAAUCUUGUAAUAAAUAAUGUGGAAAUUGAACAAGUUGAGGAGAGUAAAUUGCCUGGAGUAACUCUGGAUUCUAAACUAUUAUGGUCAAAACAUAUUGAUACAACAGUAGCUAAGAUGGGGAGAAGUCUGUCCAUAAUAAAGCGUUGCUCUACCUUCUUAACAGCACUAUCAACAAGGCAGGUCCUACAGGCCCUAGUUUUGUUGCACCUGGACUACUGUUCAGUCGUGUGGUCAGGUGCCACAAAAAGGGACUUAGGAAAAUUGCAAUUGGCCCAGAACAGGGCAGCACGGCUGGCCCUUGGAUGUACACAGAGAGCUAACAUUAAUAAUAUGCAUGUCAAUCUCUCCUGGUUCAAAGUGGAGGAGAGAUUGACUUAAUCUCUACUUGUAUUUGUGAGAGGUAUUGACAUGUUGAAUGAACACAGCUCAGACACCCAUGCAUACCCCAUAAGACAUGCCACCAGAGGUCUCUUCACAGUCCCCAAGUCCAGAACAGACUAUGGGAGGCCCACAGUACUACAUAGAGCCAUGACUACAUGGAACUCUAUUCCACAUCAGGUAACUCAUGCCAGCAGUAAAAUAAGAUUUAAUAAACAGAGAAAAAUAGAGUCGUAUGAAAACGUUUGGGCACCCCUGACAAUUUCCAUGAUUUCCAUUUAUAAAUAAUUGGGUGUUUGGAUCAGCAAUUUCAUUUUGAUCUAUCAAAUAACUGAUGGACACAGUCAUAUUUCAGUAGUGAAAUGAGGUUUAUUGGAUUAACAGAAAACUUGCAAUAUGCAUCAAAACAAAAUUAGACAGGUGCAUAAAUUUGGGCACCCCAACAGAAAAAUCACAUCAAUAUUUAGUAGAGCCUCCUUUUGCUAAAAUAACAGCCUCUAGACGCUUCCUAUAGCCUCUAAUGAGUGUCUGGAUUCUGGAUGAAGGCAUUUUGGACCAUUCCUCCUUACAAAACAUCUCCACUUCAGUUAGGUUUGAUGGUUGCCGAGCAUGGACAGCCCGCUUCAAAUCAUCCCACAGAUUCUCAACGAUAUUCAGGUCUGGGGACUGGGAUGGCCAUUCCAGAACAUUGUACUUGUUCCUCUGCAUAAAUGCCCGGGUAGAUUUUGAGCAGUGUUUUGGGUCGUUGUCUUGUUGAAAUAUCCAGCCCCGGCGUAACUUCAACUUUGUGACUGAUUCUUCAACAUUAUUCCCAAGAAUCUGCUGAUAUUGAGUGGAAUCCAUGCGACCCUCAACUUUAACAGGAUUCCCAGUACCGGCACUGGCCACACAGCCCCACAGCAUGAUGGAACCCCCACCAAAUGUUACUGUGGGUAGCAAGUGUUUUUCUUGGAACGCUGUGUUCUUUUGCCGCCAUGCAUAACGCCCCUUGUUAUGACCAAAUAACUAAAUAUUUGUUUCAUCAGUCCACAGCACCUUAUUCCAAAAUGAAGCUGGCUUGUCCAAAUGUGCGUUUGCAUACCUCAAGCGACUCUGUUUGUGGCGUGUGUGCAGAAAAGGCUUCUUUCGCAUCACUCUCCAGUACAGCUUCUCCUUGUGCAAAGUGCGCUGAAUUGUUGAACGAUGCACAGUGACACCAUCUGCAGCAAGAUGAUGUUGUAGGUCUUUGGAGGUGGUCUGUGGGCUGUUUUUGACCGUUCUCACCAUCCUUCGCCUUUGCCUCUCCGAUAUUUUACUUGGCCUGCCACUUCUGGCCUUAACAAGAACUGUGCCUGUGGUCUUCCAUUUCCUCACUAUGUUCCUCACAGUGGACACUGACAGCUUACAUCUCUGCGAUAGCUUUUUGUAGCCUUCCCCUAAACCAUAAUGUUGAACAAUCUUUUUUUUUCAGAUCAUUUGAGAGUUGUUUUGAGGCCCCCAUGUUGCCACUCUUCAGAGGAGAGUCAAAGAGAACAACAACUUGCAAUUGGCCACCUUAAGUACCUUUUCUCAUGAUUGGAUGCACUUGUCUAUGAAGUUCAAGGCUUAAUGAGCUCACCAAACCAAUUGUGUGUUCCAAUUAAUCAGUGCUAAGUAGUUACAGGUAUUCAAAUCAACAGAAUGACAAGGGUGCCCAAAUUUUAGCAUAGCCUAUUUUUCACAUCUGAUUUAAUUUCAUACAACUUAAUAUUGCUACACUAAAAAUCUUUGUCUGGACAAUACCCCAGUACUCAGCUUUUAUUAGAAAAUGAAUGGCAUGCCACUGUGAUCAUUUUCUGUGACGACAGAGUCAAUGAUCAUGCAGCCUCAGAGGGGCCCAAACUUUUUCAUACGACUGUACACCUUCUGGAACAGCAGUAAAAUUAGAUUUAAAAAACAGAUAAAAUACACCUUCUGGAACAGCAGUAAAAUUAGAUUUAAAAAACAGAUAAAAUACACCUUAUGGAACAGCAGUAAAUUAGAUUUAAAAAACAGAUAAAAUACACCUUCUGGAACAGCAGUAAAAUUAGAUUUAAAAAACAGAUAAAAUACACCUUCUGGAACAGCAGUAAAAUUAGAUUUAAAAAACAGAUAAAAUACACCUUCUGGAACAGCAGUAAAAUUAGAUUUAAAAAACAGAUAAAAUACACCUUAUGGAACAGCAGUAAAAUUAGAUUUAAAAAACAGAUAAAAUACACCUUAUGGAACAGCAGUAAAAAUUAGAUGUUAAAAAAAACAGAUAAAAUACACCUUCUGGAACAGCAGUAAAAUUAGAUUUAAAAAACAGAUAAAAUACACCUUCUGGAACAGCAGUAAAUUAGAUUUAACAAACAGAUAAAUACACCUUCUGGAACAGCAGUAAAAUUAGAUUUAAAAAACAGAUAAAAUACACCUUAUGGAACAGCAGUAAAAUUAGAUUUAAAAAACAGAUAAAAUACACCUUCUGGAACAGCAGUAAAAUUAGAUUUAAAAAAACAGAUAAAAUACACCUUCUGGAACAGCGGGGACUGUGAAGCAACACAAACAUAGACACAUGCAUACAAACACACGAUAACAUACGCACUAUACACACAUGUACACAUGGAUUUUGUGUUGUAGAUAUGUGGUAGUAGAGUAGAGGCCUGAGGGCACACAUUAAUAUGUUUGUGAAUCUGUUAUGAAUGUAUUGUUAAUGGUUUUUUAAAUGUAUAACUGCCUUAAUUUUGCUGGACCCCAGAAGAGUAAUGGGGAUCCCAUAGAAAAAAAAAUAAAUCAAAUAUAUUAUAUAUGUUCUCUAAUAACCCUAUUAUUAUAAUAUUCCUAUAGUAACCGAUAUAUUAUAAUGGUUCUCUAUAUACGUAUAUGUUCUCUAUAUAUAACCCUAUAUAUUAUAUAUGUUCUCUAUAUAACCCUAUAUAUUAUAUAUGUUCUCUAUAUAACCCUAUAUAUUAUACAUGUUCUCUAUAUAACCCUAUAUAUUAUAUAUGUUCUCUAUAUAUAACCCUAUAUAUUAUUUAUGUUCUCUAUAUAACCUAUAUAUUAUAUCUGUUCUCUAUAUAACGCCUCCCGAGUGGCGCAGUGGUCUAAGGCGCUGCAUCGCAUUGUGCCACUAGAGAUCCUGGUUCGAAUCCAGGCUCUGUCGUAGGCGGCCGCGACCGGGAGACCCAUGGGGCGGCGCACAAUUGGCCCAAAUUAUGGUGGAAAAUAAGUAUUUGGUCAAUAACAAAAGUUUCUCAAUACUUUGUUAUAUAGCCUUUGUUGGCAAUGACACAGGUCAAACGUUUUCUGUAAGUCUUCACAAGGUUUUCACACACUGUUGCUGGUAUUUUGGCCCAUUCCUCCAUGCAGAUCUCCUCUAGAGCAGUGAUGUUUUGGGGCUGUCGCUGGGCAACACAGACUUUCAACUCCCUCCAAAGAUUUUCUAUGGGGUUGAGAUCUGGAGACUGGCUAGGCCACUCCAGGACCUUGAAAUGCUUCUUACGAAGCCACUCCUUUGUUGCCCGGGCGGUGUGUUUGGGAUCAUUGUCAUCCUGAAAGACCCAGCCACGUUUCAUCUUCAAUGCCCUUGCUGAUGGAAGGAGGUUUUCACUCAAAAUCUCACGAUACAUGGCCCCAUUCAUUCUUUCCUUUACACGGAUCAGUCGUCCUGGUCCCUUUGCAGAAAAACAGCCCCAAAGCAUGAUGUUUCCACCCCCAUGCUUCACAGUAGGUAUGGUGUUCUUUGGAUGCAACUCAGCAUUCUUUGUCCUCCAAACACGACGAGUUGAGUUUUUACCAAAAAGUUAUAUUUUGGUUUCAUCUGACCAUAUGAUAUUCUCCCAAUCCUCUUCUGGAUCAUCCAAAUGCACUCUAGCAAACUUCAGACGGGCCUGGACAUGUACUGGCUUAAGCAGGGGGACAUGUCUGGCACUGCAGGAUUUGAGUCCCUGGCGGCGUAGUGUGUUACUGGUAGGCUUUGUUACUUUGGUCCCAGCUCUCUGCAGGUCAUUCACUAGGUCCCCCUGUGUGGUUCUGGGAUUUUUGCUCACCGUUCUUGUGAUCAUUUUGACCCCACGGGGUGAGAUCUUGCGUGGAGCCCCAGAUCGAGGGAGAUUAUCAGUGGUCUUGUAUGUCUUCCAUUUCCUAAUAAUUGCUCCCACAGUUGAUUUCUUCAAACCAAGCUGCUUACCUAUUGCAGAUGCAGUCUUCCCAGCCUGGUGCAGGUCUACAAUUUUGUUUCUGGUUCCUUUGACAGCUCUUUGGUCUUGGCCAUAGUGGAGUUUGGAGUGUGACUGUUUGAGGUUGUGGACAGGUGUCUUUUAUACUGAUAACAAGUUCAAACCGGUGCCAUUAAUACAGGUAACGAGUGGAGGACAGAGGAGCCUCUUAAAGAAGACGUUUCAGGUCUGUGAGAGCCAGAAAUCUUGCUUGUUUGUAGGUGACCAAAUACUUAUUUUCCACCAUAAUUUGCAAAUAAAUUCAUAAAAAAUCCUACAAUGUGAUUUUCUGGAGAAAAAAAAAUCUCAAUUUGUCUGUCAUAGUUGACGUGUACCUAUGAUGAAAAUUACAGGCCUCUCUCAUCUUUUUAAGUGGGAGAACUUGCAUAAUUGGUGGCUGACUAAAUACUUUUUUCCCCACUGUACUAGAUGUUCUCUAUAAAACCUUAUAUAUUAUAUAUGUUCUCUAUAUAACCCUAUAUAUAUACUAGAUGUUCUCUAUAUAACCCUAUAUAUUAUAGAUGUUCUCUAUAUAACCCUAUAUAUUAUAUAUGUUCUCUAUAUAACCCUAUAUAUUAUAUAUGUUCUCUAUAUAACCCUAUAUAUACUAGAUGUUCUCUAUAUAACCCUAUAUAUUCUAUAUGUUCUUGGGCGGCAGGUAGCUUAGUGGGUAAGAGCGUUGUGCCAGUAUCCGAAAGGUCGCUGGUUCUAAUCCCCGAGCCGACUAGGUGAAAAAUCUGUCGAAGUGCACUUAACUCUAAAUGCUCCUGUAAGUCGCUCUGGAUAAGAGCGUCUGCUAAAUGACUAAAAUGUAAAUGUAUAUAACCCUAAUAAUUAUAUAUGUUCUCUAUAUAACCCUAUAUAUUAUAUGUUCUCUAUAUAACCCUAUAUAUUCUAUAUGUAACCCAAUAUAAUAACCCUAUAAAAUUAUAUAUGUUCUUAUAAAAACCCUAUAUAUUAUAAUGUUCUCAAUAACCCUAUAUAUUAUAGAUGUUUCUAUAAAACCCUAUAUAUUUAUAUGUUCUUAUAAAACCCUAUAAUUCUAUAUUUUUCCCUAUAUAUUAUGAUUUCUCUAAAACCCAAAGCAAGCCAAUUAACCAAAACAAGCCAAAUAACCCAAUACAAGGGGCCAAAAAACCCAAACAAGCCAAAACCAACAGCCAAAACCCAAAAAAGGGGCAAAAACCCAAAAAGGGGGGGCCAAUAAACCCCAAACAAGGGGGGGGCCAAAACCCUAUUAAAAGGGGCCAAAACCAAAAAAGGGCUGGAAACCCCCCAACAAGGUUUUAGAAACCCGGUUUAAGAUUUUUUCCAUAAAACCCCAAAUUUCAAUGUUCCAUUAACCCAUAUAUAUGAGUUUCUAUAAACCCCUAAUAUACUAGAGUUCCAUAUAACCCUAUAAACAAAUUUUCUCUUAUAACCCUAUUAACUAAUGUUCUCUUAAACCCCUAUAUAUUAUAAGUUCUCUAUUAACCCAAAAUUAUAGAUGCCAAUAACCCUAAUAUAGUUUUAAUAACCCUAUAUAUUAUAAUGUUCGGGGCGGCGGGUAGCUUUGGGAAGAGCGGGGGCCCAGCCCCAAAAGGCGCCGCAAUCCCCGACCAAGGGGAAAAAAAACCGAAGGAAACCUAAAGCCCCAAGGGGGGGAAAGAGGGCGGCAAAGACAAAAAAGGGGGAAAACCCCAAAAAAGGGGGGGGCCAAAAAACCCAAAAAGGGGGGGCCAAAACCCAAACGGGGGGGAACCCAAAAAAACCCAAAAAAAGGGGGGCCAAAACCCAAAAAGACCAAAACCCCAAUUUUUUUAAGGGGGGCCAUAACCCCCUAAACAAGGGGCCAAAACCCAAACAAUGCCAAAACCCAAAAAGCCAAAACCCAAAAAAAAAAAGGGGGCCAAAACCAAACGGGGGGGCUAAAACCUAACAAGGGCCAAAACCCAAGGAAAAGGGGCCAAAACCCCAACAAGGGGGGCCAAAACCCAAAAAGGGGGGGGGGCCAACAACCCAGAAAAGGGGGCCAAACCCAAAACGGGGGCCAAAAACCCAAACAAGGGGCCAAAAACACAAAAAAGGGGGGCCAAAAACCCCAAGGGGGAAAGGGCCAAAAACCCCAAAAAACACCAAAACCCCAAAGCGGGGGGGGGAAAACAAAGAAGGGGGGGCCAAAAACCCCAAAAGGGGGCCAAAACCCAAAAAGGGGCCAAAAACCAAAAAGGGGGGGGGGGCCAAAAACCAAGGGCAAGGGGCCAAAACCAAAAAAGGGGCCAAAAACCCAGAAAAGGGGGGGCCAUAAACCAAAAAAGGGGGCCUAAAAACCAAAUUGGGGGGGGCCAAAAACCCAAAAAAUUUCCAAAACCCCAAAAAAGGGCCAAAACCCCAAAAAAAAAGGGUUUUUAAAACCAAAAAAUGCUUAAAACCCAAACAGAUUUUCCUAAAACCCAAAUUACUAGAUGUUCUUAAAACCCCAGAAACAGAUUUUCCCAAAAACCCAAAACAGGGGGCCAUAAACCAAAAAAGGCCAAAACCCAAAAAAUUUUCCAAAACCCAAAAUAAGAGCCAAAAACCCCAAAUUAUAAUUUUCUGGGGGGAGGAGAGUGGGGUAAGAGGUUGUGCCAGAACGAAGGCGCGGGUUUUAAACCCGAGCCGCCUAGGUGAAAAAAAUCGUCGAAGUGCCCUUAAGCAGGCAUUUAACCCAAAAAUGCUCUGUAAGUCGCUUGGAAAAACGUCUGAAAGAUAAAAUGUAAAUGUAAACCCAAAAAUUUAAGGGGGGGCCAAAACCCAAAAAAUUUUCUAAAACCCAAAAAAGGGGGGUAACCCAAAAACCCAAAAACAGCCCAAAACCCCAAAAAGGGGGGGGGGCAAAAGGGCCAAAACCCAAACGGGGGGGGCCAAAACCCAAACAAGGGGGCCAAAACCAAAAGGGGGGGGGGGCCAAAAACCCCAAAGAAAGGGGCCAAAAACCCAAACGGGGGGGGCCAAAACCCAAAAAACCAAAACCCUAAGGGGGGGGGGGCCAAAACCCAAAAAAGGGGCCAAAACCCAAAAAAACCAAGGGGGGGGCCAAACCCCCAAAAAAGGGGCCAAAACCCAAAAAGGGGGGGGCCAAAACCCAAACAAGGGCCAAAACCCAAAAAAGGGGUCAGAACCCAUAGGAACAGCCAAAACCCGAAUAGUAAGGGGCCAAGAUAACCCAUAAGAGAAAGGGGCGCAAGAACCCGAGAAGAGGACAGGGCGCGAGAAAACCCGAGAAGGAGAGGGGCGCAGAGAACCCGAAAAAGGGCCAGAAACCGAAGAGGUAAGGGCCAAAACCCAAGAACAAUGGGCAAUAACCCGAAGAAAGAGGUUCCAUAAACCAUAAAAAGUCCAGAAACCCAGAGGAACGGGGCCGAAAACCCAAAGAGGAAGACCAAAGGGCCAAAACCCAUAACAGAGUCUUUAUAAACCUGUAAAUAUAUGUUCCUAAAACCUAUAUAUUCAAGGGUUCCUAUAUAACCCUGAGGUAUAAUAUUAUAUGUUCUCUAUAUAACCCUAUAUAUUCUAUAUGUUCUCUAUCUCUGUAGUGGUCUAUGGAACGUGCCCUAUAUAACCCAGGUCUACAUGAUAAAGGGGUCAGUCUUGAGAGGUAGACUGUCUCAGGUCAGUCUGUACAGUCAGGAAGGGAUGGACCCUGAUAUGGUGUUCUGCAGGGCCGUACGAGAC